CAAGUUUAAAGUAUAGACAACUACAAGUUAUUUUCACCAUGUCUGGAAAAGGAAAAGGAGGUAAGGGAGGCAAGUCCUCUGGCAAAUCCAAGACCCGUUCAUCUCGUGCCGGACUACAGUUCCCCGUCGGUCGUAUCCACCGUCACCUGAGAAAGGGUAACUACGCUCAGCGUGUAGGUGCCGGAGCUCCCGUAUACCUUGCUGCUGUACUAGAGUACCUUGCCGCUGAGAUCCUCGAGUUGGCCGGUAACGCCGCCCGUGACAACAAGAAGUCCCGUAUCAUUCCUCGUCACUUGCAGUUGGCUGUAAGAAACGAUGAGGAGUUGAACAAGCUUCUAUCUGGUGUAACCAUUGCCCAGGGUGGUGUGCUACCCAAUAUCCACGCUGUGCUUCUGCCCAAGAAGUCCGGCAAGGCCAAGGCUUCCCAGUCUCAGGAGUUCUAAAGUGGUGCAGCUUUUAUAGUGACCACUACGUGCUCUGUGACAAGCUUCAUAACAACAACCUGGUCCUUUUUAGGACCACCCUAUACACAAAGGAAUUAUCAAAGACACGCGUACUUGUUUGCCUGCUUGCACACAUCACCUUCUAAUAGCAACUGUGAAUGUAUGGUGUUUCCUUUGUUUGCAUAAUAUUCACACCUUACUGCUAUCCGCAUGAUGUCAAAUAGUUAAUGCUAUGAGACUGCGCUCAGUCAGGGUGGAGGUGAGCAUAGCGGUAUCGCACUUAUAACUUGUACUGUCCUUUGACUGGAACAACGUUAGCGCAUGUUAACACUGCGCUCGAAUUCAGAGUCUCUGGGUCUAAUGCCAAGCUGCUGCUGAUAAUUUAUCGAUCAGACAGUGCUAGACGACUAGCCUGUUUUAAGGUAUCAACACUGCACUUAAGAAUCGGGUUCUGAAUAAAUGGUUAUGAAUCCAG